AACUCGUGUGUGUGUGUUUUUGAGUGUGUGCGGGGUGGGGAGGCGACAAUCUGCUACCGUGCCGCCCGAACUCAAACUGUAAGCAGCUCCAUUGGCCAUAGCCACAUAGAAAACGCCAACGCAGGACCUGCAGCGCCUCGGCCAUAUCUUUUUACAUCAUGUAAAAUAAUCUGGCUCACUUUCUACUCCAAUGGCUGUGUCUCAUCUCGUCCCUCCCCUGUGCGUGGGCUUCUCACUGGAGUCUCAGGGCUCAUCGAAAUGCACAGAUCUGAUUGGCUGAGUGUCACAUGUGAUUUUUACAACGAAUAGAUUGGUGAGGCGUCGGGAGACCACGGGCGUGCUGACCAUGAAGCGAAACCGAGUGCCCAGCACCAGCGAGGACUCCGAUAAUGGAAGUAACUGCACGUCGUGGUCUCAGAUGUCAAACUCUCACAGGAGACGAGACGGGAAGAGACCCUCUGAGGUGUUCAGGACGGAUCUCAUCACAGCGAUGAAGCUUCAUGACUCAUACCAGCUGAAUCCAGAGGAAUAUUAUGUUCUCUCUGAUCCCUGGAGGCAGGAGUGGGAGAAGGGUGUUCAAGUUCCUGUGAGCCCGCACUCCAUUCCCAAACUCACCGUCCGCGUGGUGGCAGAAAAGUCCUCUGCCUUGUUGUUCACCAGACCGAAGAAGCUAAUUCGCUCAUGGGGUGCAGAGGCAUCUGCCCUGGGCUACGUGGGUAUCGGGAAGCUUUCGGAGGGAACAUGUCGUUACGAUCUGAACGAGGCAGAUGUAGCCUGGCUGGAAGUAGCCAACAAAGAGUUCGGUGCUAUGGGUAUGCAGCUGCUGGACGAGAACACCAUGGAGAGAGUCAUGGAGGAGUUUGAGCGCUGUUGCUACGACAACAUGAAUCACGCCAUGGAGACAGAGGAGGGGCUCGGGAUCGAGUAUGAUGAGGACGUGGUGUGCGACGUCUGUCAGUCACCUGACGGCGAGGAUGGCAACGAGAUGGUGUUCUGUGACAAAUGCAACAUAUGUGUGCAUCAGGCAUGUUAUGGCAUCCUGAAGGUUCCUGAGGGCAGUUGGCUGUGUCGGACGUGUGCGCUGGGCAUCUCCCCUAAAUGCCAGCUGUGCCCGAAGAAAGGCGGAGCCAUGAAGCCCACCCGCAGUGGCAGCAAAUGGGUCCACGUGAGCUGUGCCCUGUGGAUUCCAGAGGUGAGCAUAGGUAACCCAGAGAAGAUGGAACCCAUCACAAGUGUGUCUCAGAUCCCCAAUAACAGAUGGGCUCUGAUCUGCUGUCUGUGUAAAGAGAAGACUGGAGCCUGUAUCCAGUGUUCUGCUAAAAGUUGCCGCAUUGCAUUCCACGUGACUUGCGGCCUGCAGUUCGGUCUGAAGAUGAACACCAUCCUGACGGAUGAUGACGAGGUCAAGUUUAAAUCCUUCUGCCCCACGCACUCGGGCAUGGACUGGUCCGACAGCUACGGAGGAGCGAAAGAGGACGGAGGGAUGGCUGGGAGGGGUAGAGGUGCGGAUGCUGUUUGUCACAGCGACCCGCGUGGAACACACCUCAGCGAGAGAAAGCUCCGCGUCCAGCAGCUGGAGGACGAGUUCUACCGCUUUGUCACCCCCGAUGAUGUUGCCAAGCACCUGCGGUUGCCGCUGGAGACAGUAGACUUCUUGUUCCAGUACUGGAAGCUGAAGCGGAAGGCAAACUUCAACCAGCCGCUCAUCACACCCAAGAGAGAGGAAGAGGAAAGCCUGGCACGUCGGGAACAAGAAGUGCUUCUUCGCAGGCUCCGCCUCUUCACACAUCUGCGGCAAGACUUGGAGCGGGUCCGUAACCUGACCUACAUGGUGACCCGUCGGGAGAAGAUCAAACGGUCCGUGUGUCGAGUGCAGGAGCAGAUAUUUCAUCACCACGUCAGGCUGCUGGAGCAGGGCAGACUCUCUGGUAUAUCUUCCACCAGGCGAUUAGAGGAGGCAAUGUUCUACUUCCGGGCUGCAUCCACGUCUCCGCAGCCUCUGAGAGGCCAUGCAGCUCAGAACAGCGCCACCGAACACUCGCAGAGAAAAGGUGUCCUGCGUCAUGGAGCCUCCAGACGAGGUCAUGAUGAGGGGGAGGAGCCAGCCAAAGUGGCCAGGGCGGAGCCUUCAAUUCUGGGGAAACUGUCCAGCCCAGAGGGGGUCCUGGACGCUGGCUGUGGUGGUACUGAACGGGUGCAGGGGAGCAAAGCAGACCCAGCUACAGCAGUGUACUCGGGGACCAGAGGGGGGCGCGGUGAAAACAUAAGGAACGAAGCAGAGCGCCCUCUAGAGGAGCGGAGGAGGAAGAGGAAGAGUAUGGUGUGGGUACAGCUGCCAGCCAGAGAGAAACAUAAGUCCGGAUCAAAGGUGGUAGAGGAGACAUGCAUUGUGGAUCAGAACAGUGUGACAGAGGAGGAGGUGGAGGUUGAUGGCAAAGAAUCCAGAGCUGAAAGUUGUCCCAUUACAGCGCAGUCCAGGUAUAAUGGUUCUCAAAGGAGGAUGAGUUCCAGUCAGGGAAAGCUGUUGGCCAACGGUACGUCAGCGCAGCACAUCAAAAACUGGGGAAGCUUCCGGAUUCCGAAACGAAGCGAAAGGACUGCAGGAGAAGAACACGAGCAGUUGGAGGGGCGGGGCUUCGUCCACUCUCCUCCUAUCAGCUCUCUAGAGGCAAGCCCAACCACCUCCCCUCCAAUCAGGACUCGGCUAAGGACGGGCACAGAGAACCGCAGCUUCACCCCGGAGACAGAGCACAGCCAAUCGGAGCAGAAGAAGAGAUGCCACGCCCAGCGGCUUCGCAGUCAUGAUCCGAUCACGCCACGCUACGGGUCGGAGGUUUUACGGCGCGGUGUUCUCGCGUCGUAAUCAACGUCAAAGUGACCGUUACCAAGUAAACUUUAUGUGAAGUUAUGUGUCAACAAAUUAAUAUUUUUCUUGUGUAAUCCAAAUAAAAGCAGCACUAAGAGGAGCCACAUCUAAGAUUUUUAUUUAUUUUUAUGGUUUAUUUUGUAUUUUAUUAAAUGAUCUUUGUAAGAUCUUCAUACGUCAGUUGAAAAUAUCAAAUUUAACAGUGAAAGAUCUUGUGGCUUAUUCUGAACUUCCCAAAGACAAACUAGCCUAACACUGUCAGGAAAUGCUGAUCACACAAAAAGGGUUAAUAAUUAAUAAGCUAACUAGCAAAUUCCAACACAUAACAAUGUAUCACUAUUAACAGCAGCACGGCAGACUCGAUCUUACUUGUGGCUCCUUUUAAGGCUCUGUUUCUGGACCGAUAUUUAUUUUUCUAUUUCUUGAUGCUGCUUUCUUUUGUUUUGUGCUUUGUUUACUUUCCCAAGCUGUUUUCUUUUUCUUUUUUUUCUCCUGUCGUCGCCCGCUACAGUGCUACACGAAAAGAUCACACACGCUAACAGAUAAGCUCAUAAUAAUAUAGUUAAACUAGUCUGGCUGAAUUUAAUUAGCUUAAUUUCUGUUUUAAAAAAAGCAAAAAAAAAAAACCAAAAAAAAAACAUGAUUUCAUAUGUAAUCGUGUCUUGGAAAAACAUAGGAACGUAGUGUUGAACGCAGGUUUGACCGAUUUGUACAAUCAUAAAUAGCACUUAGCGCAGAGGUUUCCAGUCUCAGUCUUUGGGGCCGUGCGCACUUUUUGUUUUUGUUGAACUCAUCAUGUGUUCAUUUGGGGAAAUUGUGCAUUGCUUUUGGGAACCACUGAGUUAGUAAUCCAUUUACUACAUUAAUAUCAUGGAUAGAAAAGCAUGGCCUGCCAUACUGGCUCAGAUUAGUUAUGAGUUGUGUGGUGAUUGUCACCAAUAAUCCUAUAAACAUUUUUUUUUCUUCUGGGCUAGGUCCCAGAGGCUAUCCAUGAAAAUGUAUUUAUGGGUUUAUUUAUUUCCUUAUGGUUUUUUUUUGUGUGUAAAGAGGCUUUGGCGCUCUUGUGUCGUCAUAGCAUCUUUCUCUCCUCAGGUAAUAUUUUAUUUUGUGUACUUUCCGUAAUGGUUUCCCCCCCCCCCAAACACCAGCUAAGCUAGACUAAGAAAGAUUUUCAACAGAGAUACACCACUGACGGUGUAAUCCAGUCCACAACAAUGGCCCAAUGUUUUGUUUUGUUUUUUCUUUUGAGGAAAAUGUUCUUGUUCAUGUCACAUUCAUGUACAUGUACACAUGGUGUUAAGAGUUUUUGGUCUUAUAAUAAUAACAAUAAUAAUAAUGAUCAUUUAUAGUAAUAAUAGUAACAAUACCAUUAAUUUGGCUCACUCCAACAAGGCAAAGCAGCCUGGCUGGUCAGGGGUCAGUUCUCCAAAACCACUGCAGCUUGGUAUGUUUAACAAUGUAAGUUAGGAGCCACAGUUAGCAUCGUUUCAUUUACGUGUUUCUUAGUGGUGGUUGGCAUAUUUAGCAAUAUUUUGUUGCUGCUGUGAGGCCAAAGCCGUGCAUCUCCAUUUGAAUCGCUUUUUGGACAUAAUUGAUUCUGUCUCAGCUUUUACACCAUUUUCUGAUGGCAGUUAUGAACUAAUCGCAAUUACUUUCCACAGUUGUCACAAUUAUGUAUACAUGACAAGCGACUAUGACAUGGGUGCUUUUUCCUCAGGAGGAACGAAGCAAAUGCAUGUAAUGUUCGUUAGCACCUUUAGAGGGCAGCAGUGAGUAAUGUUUGAGCUCGAACAGUCAGCUGGUAGCUAGUAUGUAUCGACAGUAAGAUAAUCAAUUAAUGACAAUUUGGCCAUUUUAGAAUUGUACUUUAACUGCAUGCGCUGAACGAAAAAAAUCAGCUCAAAUUUGAGGAUCUGGACUGGCCUAGAGACGUUUUGAAAGCUGCAGUUGGGCUUUACAUGGGAAAAUUCCAUGAUAAAUAGACAAACAGAAAAUGUCCAAUUAUUGUCUAAAAAUUCUUAAUCUAUGUUAAUGAUGAGGGUAUUUUUCCUUCUCCUGUAAAGUUACCAUUUUGGAGAUCUGAUGUUUUGUUCCAACGUUGACGAGUAACAGGAACUGUGUCUUAAAUGAACAGCUUGGCUAAACAAAAUUGACACACUGUCAUCCACUGUAUCCAGGCAGCUCUUCUGAACCCACUGAUGCUGGUGUUUAACUAGAACAACAUGUAUUAUCGCCAUAGAAAAGCACUGACCAAUAGAAUGGAUGCUCUAGUGCAGCUACAUGAGCCCAAGGUCACCAUGCCCAGUGCCAAGCUUGGGCUAGAGGGUUGUAAGGCCCCCAGCAUUGGGCUGUGGAGCAGUGGAACUGUGUUCUCUGGAAUGAUGGAGCUCAUCCAAUACCUUUGGGAUCAGUUGGACUGAUCCACCAACAUCAGUACCUGACCUCACUAAUGCUCAAUCAGAUCCUCACAGCAAUGUUCAGAGUAGAGGCUGUUACGGCAGCACAAACUCACUUUUAAUAUUUUCAUUUCAAAAGAAACGCUGGACUUUUGGACACACCGUACAGCAUGAUUAAAUUUGCUGAUUGUUUCAUUCUAAACAUUAAUAGCAAGCAAUUUAACUUUAAAGGAAUAACGUGGUGUUACUUGCUAAUGUGGCUACCAAUGAAUGAAGUUAGUAGCCACAAUUAGCAUCAUUCAGUUAGCAUCAUGCUAGGGGGUAGCAAUUCAAAUUCAUUUGUUGUUUUCUAUAAAGUUAGCACUUUGACACGAGUAUUCUUUGAAGAACUGAUCCUUGAAGCAAAAUAUGGAAGAUGGAUUUAGCAAACAGUGGCCUAGACCCCUACAUUGGCCUUGGAAAUAGUGUUUUUGGGGGUGCUGGGUCUGGUCUGGUCUAGACCGGGCCUAGACAGGUCUUAUAAGUGCAUUCUUAGAAACUGUUCCCAAAUCAGCACUUCUGCUGUUUUAGAAGUUCUUCAUGCAACUAAAACGCUGAGAUGAACUCAGUCUUGAUUGUUAACAUGUGACUGGAUUUCACACAAGAAGCCUUUCCAGCUAACAAGGAUCAUGAAUUUAGGAUAACGUUAUCGGACAGCCUGCAUAUCUUUAGCAUCCCGUGCAUCCGCAAGUUAGAAGUAUUCAUGUUUAGUUCAGUGAUCUCCAUUUAAACAUGGACCCAUAUUGCACUAAGUUAAAAAGAAUGAGAAAAAAUGUAUUGUGUAUCGCAAAAUGAUUGAAAUCAUGCAAAUGAUUUUUUUUUUUUUUUUGAGAAUGAUUUCUCAGAGCUUGAAAGGACUUUAAGCUUCGCUACUUGUCAGAGUUGCCUUUGGUCAGUUAAAAAAAAAAAAAAAGUAGAAUGUUUGCACUUGGAUGUUUUCUUUAUUUGUAAGUAUUUUUUAUGUCGUUUAGGCUAAUUGCGAGCAGACUUCGGUGUCGUCCGAGUCAAUCUUGUGCCUGUGUGGCUUUGGUUAACCUGUUGCACUAGAAUAGAGCAAGGCAGCGCGGCUUGACUAUGUUCUCUAAAAGUUAUUUUUCACAUACAAAGAGACCUUUUAUAUGAACAAGUGCUGCUGUAUUUUUUUGUUAUGCAUCUAUUUUGUGAAUAAACCCCUUUGAGAAUUAAA